UCCCUUUAUCUACCCUUAUCUUCUCUGGCCUCACUUCCUCCCCAUUGUCCCCAACAGACUCUUGCCUCCCCUUGCCGCACUUCCUUACAAACAGACCCCAAUUCUUCGCUGAUCGGCGGCGACGAAGCGGCGGCAGUGGCCGAAGCUGCACCGUCCGCCCGCCCCUUCUGGAAAGGAAAGCUGAAGAGUAUCUCUUUCCUCUCGUGGUGGGUGGGUGGCGUCUUUCCUGGAUUUGCCUUACGUAGCUUGAUCACAUUUUGCUCUUCUUCUUCUUUAUCGUUUUUCCGUCACGGAAAUUGCAGGCAUCAUGACACCGAGAUGUAAAGUAAUGUCACACAUAUUCAUAUGUGAUUUAUUGAUCUUUAUUUAUUUAGCAGGAUCAACCUUAUUAACGGUGUCUUCUAGUGGCGAUGGUUAUUUACACUGUGAAAGUAUCAUGAGAAACUGGGUCGAUUCUUCCAUUGAAACAAAAGUCCGUACAGAUGAGCUGAUACUAAAGGAUUUAUUGUUAUUUCUGCAUGUUCCAAGAUCUGGGGGCCGAACAUACUUCCUAUGCCUUUUGAGAAAGCUUUACACAGGUCCUGAGGAGUGUCCACUUUCCUAUGACAAAUUACGACUCAAUCCAAGCAAACCAAAUUGCAGAUUGAUGGUUUCCCAUGAUGAUUAUAGCUUGCUAUCUAAAUUACCAAAGCAUAAAACGUCAGUUGUAACAAUUUUAAGGGAUCCGAUUGAUCGUGUGUUCAGCACAUAUGAAUUCUCUGUCGAAGUUGCAGCUAGAUUUCUUGUGCAUCCAAAUUUAACUUCAGCAACCCAAAUGUCUAGACGGAAAUACCCAAAAUCUCAUGGUGUUAGUGCACUGGAUAUCUGGCCAUGGAAGUAUUUAGUUCCUUGGAUGAGGCAGGACUUAUUUGUAAGGAGGCAUGCUAGAGAACUUGGAAGACUUAGAAAGACUGAGAAGACGAAUAAUCCAUAUGACAUGGAAGAGAUGGUCAUGCCCUUACAAGAGUUCAUUAAUGACCCAAUAGCUCAUGAGAUCAUUCACAACGGAGCAACUUUUCAGGUAGCAGGAUUAACAAACAACUCAUAUUUAGAAGAAUCGCAUGAUGUCCGCAAUUGUGUUAGGAAGCACCCUGAAUUUGGCCAUUAUGUUCUUGAGGUUGCAAAGCAUAGGUUGGAUCAUAUGUUAUAUGUUGGUCUUACUGAAGAGCACAAGAAGUCUGCUAAUAUGUUCGCUGAAGUGGUUGGAGCACAAGUUAUUUCCCAGUCUGAAGCCUUGAGCUCUACUGAGCAGGAAACAACCAACAAAACUGAACCUCGCUUUUCUUCUUCAUAUCCUGCUGAUGGACUAAACCAGGAUGAGGAUAUUGCUGGCUAUCUAAAUAUAACGGAGGUUCCUUCACCACAUGAUGAGCCAGGAAGAGAAAAUAUGACUGUUGGAAAGUUGAUGGAGGCAUAUGAAAAAUGCAAUUCCAAUUUACGGAAAUCUCAAACAACCCGACACACAAUGUCUCUGAAAAAGAUUUCUCCUGUCAAUUUUUCAAAGAAGGCACGCCGUUCUGUUCCUGCUUCGAUUCUUGAUCAAAUACAAUAUCUGAACAGUCUUGAUGUGGAACUUUACAAACAUGCUCAAGAUAUAUUCAGGCGGCAGGAGAAACAUGUCAUGCAAAAUCAUGACAAGGGAAACCUGAAGGCCCAAGAGGAACUGCAGACAUCAGGAUGUGGCAGCUUAUUUAGUUGCUUGCCAUGGAAGAUUUUAUCGAUCAUUGCAUUUCUUGCUGUUCUUGUUCUUGCAAUACUAGUAACAAAACGCAGCAGAGCGGGUAAAUUGAAGAUGUGAUUUGAAGAACGGAAAGUGGAUAAUUUUUUUUUUUUUUUGGUAUGAUUGGAGAAUGUUUUGACCAAAAAAAGGGCAUGCCCUACCUGUGUUGUGUUGUUGUCUCUUCAACUGGUCUGGUCCACUUGGAUCGACUUGGCCAAUUGUACUAUCUCCCAUGGCACAUGCAACUAGAAUUUCAGAUUUUCUUAGGCUACGUUUGUUUGGGUGUAAUGUAAUUUAGUUUGUAAUGUAAUCAAAUUUAUAA